UCAGCCCGUGAACUUCCGGUGGAACGUCAUUUGAUGUUGUGGUACUUUUAGGUUAGUGGGCGGCACCUUCAAAUCCAACUCCUUGAGACUCUAGUGGUUUAUAGAUAAAGUUUGAACUAGAACUUAUUUAUUUAAUUUAUUAUUUAUUCAAUAUCUACGUGAAAAUAAAGUAAUAACUUAGGUUAACGGAAAUGAAAAAGGCAUUUAAAUUUCAGCGCUGUGAAGGAACGUCAGCUGAGCACUGUUGUGUCCCUCAUUGUUCAUCCUCAGCGAAAUUCAAUUCAGUCAUAAGUUUUCACACUUUCCCUUCAGACGUACAACAGCGAAAGAAAUGGAUAAUAAAUAUAAGAAGAGACAAUUUUAUUAUAUCUUACCAUACACGCGUGUGUAGUCGGCACUUUGUGCCAGAAGAGCUCAAGGAGCCUGCUGAAGUCGGCGGGAGGCGAAGGCUGAAGUCUGGUGCCGUACCUGUACUGUUCCCUUGGAAUAAUUACUCUCUUGGAGAGAGAAGGCUUGGGGUUUGGGAAAGGAGAACGAGACCAGAGAGUAUGGAAACUGGGGAAUAUUAUGAACGUAUAUCUACCAACGACCACGAUUACAGCACAGCACCACAGCCCGCGUUUGUUGACUCGGUUCUGGAAGAAAACGAAAGGCUUCGCGAAGAAAUCGACCAUGUGAGGCGGCAGAUGGAACAGAUGUCACUCAAACAGCGUUUUGGGCUGCAGCGAUUUACAGGUUCUGACAGUGACAUCCGUUUCUACACCAGGUUUUCAUCUUAUGAUCAUCUGAUGCGGUUUUGGCAGGUGAUUGAACCACCACUGAGAUUCAUGGUUCGGGUAACCAGAACAGGAACUGCAAACGUUGAAUCUGAAAAGCAAAGUGCUUCCAUGGUAAGUCUGUUGUCUGUGCUAUUAUGACCAAACUCUCCAGCUACAGAAUUUAUGCAUCCUAUCAUAUACUUGUUCAAUACAUGGUUGGACUUUUACUUUCUGAAGCCAGGAUGUUCACAUUAUGAC